AAUAAACAAUAAAUCAUAUUCAAUAUUAACCAAAGAGAUGGUCAUUAAUUCUGAACACGGAACUGUACCAGAAAAAAGUAUAAGCCCUGUAGGCAAAGUGCAUAUAAAUUUAAUAAAAAGAUCUCGACCACAUGAUAUCCACCAAGCACAUAAUACAUUUUCAUCAGAUGGGAUUAAAGAACGAGGGUAUCCAAAGGAUCAUUUGCAAACUGAUUGUUCCAACUUAAAUCAAACAAUGGAUCGUAAGACAGAAAAACUGCUCAAAUUAAAUCCCUAUUUAAUUUUGGAUACUGAUCCUACAUUGGACAAUUUAAACUAUUCAAAUGUAUUAUCCAGAUAUCCUCAUUCAGUUGGAACUGUGCCAGAAAACUGUUUUUGUCCUGUAUGCAAUGUACAUAAUAUGAAUAGACCAAAAAUUUCUCAACCACUUGAUACGCACCAAGAGCAUAAUGAACUUUCAUCAGAUGGGAUUAAGGAACGUUGGUGUCCUAUGGAUCGUUUACAAACUCUUCAUACCAACUUUCAACAAACAAGGGAUCAGAGUUCAGAAAAACUGCUAAAAUUAAAUCCCUAUCCAAUUUUGGAUACUGAUCCUACAUUGCACAAUUUAAACUACUCAAAUGCAUCAUCCAAAUCUCCUCAUACAUUUGGAAAUAAAAAUAAAGAUUAUUCAAGAAAACCAAUGUAUGAACAUGAACUGAUUGAUAGACACAAUAAAGUUUUCCAAUACCAUAAUAAUUUAAGACAAAGAGAAGAAAAUGAGAAACGUGUAGAUCAAGAAGAAUUCAAAAAUAUCGAUCAAAUUAACUAUACAUCAAUUAAAAAGUAUGAUAUGCACAUAAGACAACCCAAUCCUGUUCAUCAUCAGCGAAAGAUGUUACAAACAACUACUCUUAAGCCUGUUAUUUCUACAAAUUAUAUGCAAAAAAAAGGGUGCUCGUCUUCGACUGUAUUAAGUAAUUUGAAUAAUACAAGUCCAAAUAAUAAAGAUCUCAUGGAUAUUCUAAAUCAGAAAACGCUUGUCAACCAUGUACGAUUAGCUACACUCAUGCCUGUAGAAUCAAAAGACACAUUUAAAUCAAUGAAAAAUAUUAAGGAUACUCUAAAGGUAAAAGAAUCAAUGAUAAUUACUAAAGAAGACAAACAAAUUAUCAAACAAACAAACCCGAAGCCAGAAUUAAUACUUAAUAAUGAUACCUAUGAAAAACAAAAGCCAAAAUUAUGUGAGGAAAAUAGUAAAACAUUAACCCCUAAACCAAGAAAGCGAACUGAUAAUACAAAUAACGCAUCCGUAUUUCCUGUUAAUUCUUUAAAAACACACAUGGAUUUAACAUCUGAAAAUGCUCGAAAAAGCUUAGAAUCUCCAAAAGUCCAAACCCUUAACAAGAGGAUAGAACAAAAUUGCAUCACUGAUGAACCAAAUAAAUUAGUUUUUGGGCAUUUAUUUUCAGGUGCUCAAAAACAAAAAGAUAAUUUUGAAUUUCAUUCAGCCUUAAGACGUAGUUUAUUUUCUUAUGUGCCACCUUACAUACGAUUUUCUUCGCAUGAUAUUAAAGGUGAAUCUUUUCCAUUAUCUUUGCAAAAGUUAUUAAAGUGGAAACUAAGUUCUAUUACUCCAAUUGUGGUACGUCGAACUAUUCAAAAUAGUGGUUUCAAACUCGUUAGAAGUGAACACUGUUUAGUUCAAAAUACAACAGAUCCUUCAGUCAUAAGUAAUCAAUCCAAUCAAACUGCCAUUUCCUUACAAAAUCACUGUGGUGUUACACCUCCUAUUGUUGACGCUUUUUGUGGUGUAGCUCCUCCACCUAAUGAAUUAAUGAUGUUACCUCGAUCCCAAUCAAAUGAUUGGGUGGGAACUUGGGGUAAGCAUAUGAAAUCAUUAUGUUUCAAAACACUUUGGGAACAGCAAAAACUGAACCAUUUUCCGGGUACUUUUCAAAUUGGUCGUAAAGAUAGGUUGUGGAAAAACUUGCAAAGAUUAAUGUUAAAAUAUGGCAAAGAACAUUUUGGGUUUAUACCCACAUCGUAUAUAUUACCUCAAGAAGCUAGAAUUUUAAGGCAAGUUUGGGAGAAAAAUGAUGAAGAUAAAUGGAUUAUUAAACCGCCAGCAUCUGCUAGAGGAUCUGGAAUUCGUGUUAUAUCAAAAUGGGCUCAAAUACCAAAGAAAAUACCUUUAGUUGUACAAAGAUACAUAGAUAAUCCAUAUUUAAUCAACGACACCAAAUUUGAUUUAAGACUCUAUAUACUUAUCACUUCAAUCAAUCCACUGCGGCUGUAUCUUUAUGAUAAUGGGCUUGUACGAUUUGCUUCAGUUAAGUAUUCAUCUGAUCUUACCACUAUAUGUGAUAGAUAUAUGCAUUUGACAAACUACAGUAUUAAUAGACUUAGUAGUCAGUAUACUGAAAAUGAAGAUGCUGAUGCAUGUCAAGGUCACAAAUGGACAUUACGUUCAUUGUGGACGUAUAUGGAGAAAGAACGCAAAAUCGAUGUUAAAAAAUUAUGGAAGAGUUUGGAAGAUCUAGUCGUAAAAACUGUCAUUAGUGGUGAAUCACCUAUGAGUCAAAUGUGUAGUUCAAAUCUGAGUAAUAGAUAUAACGCAUACGAGUUAUUUGGAAUAGAUGUUUUGUUCGAUGAAUAUCUUAAACCUUGGAUAUUAGAGGUCAAUAUAUCUCCAUCAUUACAUUCAUCUUCUCCACUUGACUUGGCUGUCAAAGGACCAUUAGUCAAAGAUCUCAUGAAUAUGGCUGGUUAUCAUAUCCCAAACAAAAUGUCUCGUAGUACACAUAAUACUUUACUCAAGGUGUUAGGAGUCAAAUCAACACUAUGUUAUGACAAGAGAUUAUAUACAUUCAAUUUAUCUACUAAAGAAAAAGAAAAACAAGAAUAUUAUACAAACAUUGAAUCCAGAGCAGAAUAUAUUGAUAGCAUAUUAGAUGAUCUAUUACCAGAUGAUAUUCGACAUCUUAUUAUGUACGAAGAUGAACUUACACAAAUUGGCUCAUUUCAAAAAGUAUUUCCAACCACUACAUCUUUUAAGUAUCAUAAAUACUUUGAUAGCUCCAGAUAUUAUAAUAUGCUUCUUGAUGCAUGGGAAUGUAAAUAUAGUAACAACAGAGAAGAAGGAAUUGCUGUGCUGGACAAGUUAUGCCAGUUAAAAAUUCACCUAGAAGUGCCAGAUGUUGAUGAAGAACAAUUAAAAACUUGUGACAUCCAACAAAAUACGCAAACGGAAGUUAAGAAAAUGUUAGAAAAAUCAGCCGGUGAUAAAUUAGUAAGUGACCAUCAACAAGCGGUCAUCAGGUAAUCUGAUCAUGUACAUUUGAAUAUUACGUUCACAAAUAUAAUUGAUGUCAUACAAUUUUAUCCAAUUGUUUAUUCUGUUAG